AUGGGUUCAAAUCUCUUCCUCCCAUUUCUCCUUCUCAUUUCCCUUGCUUCCCCUUCAUGGCCUCCGGCGAUCGCCGACAACGAAGAGGCGGCAGAUUUGCCGUGCGUGAAGGAGCUGCUGGCUUGCCAGCCACACCUGCGCAUGUCGAAGCCUCCGGCGAUGUGCUGCUUGCCGCUGCUGAGCGCCAUACAGAGAGGCGCGGCGUGUCUCUGCGCCGUAUUCUACGGAGAACCCAUUUUGAAUGCGCUCAAUUUAACGCAGGAGGAAGCAUUGAUUCUUCCGCGGAGCUGCGGCGGCGAUGUGCCGGAUAUCGGCAAGUGCAGAGGUUCCGGCGGCGGCAGCGGCGAUUGGCCCACACGUUCUCCUUCACCACCUCCAACGCCUCGACCAACGAAAGCUUCGGCUCCUGCAAAGGGAAAGGGUUCAUCUCCAAGCAGUGCCACAUUGGAAAUAGCGUAG